GGAGGAGGAGGAAGCCGAGCCGUCUGUCCCGCCCGCUGCUGCUGCUGCUGGAGCUGCGGCUGCAACAUGAGCGGCGGCCGAGGCGCCCGGCGGCGGCGGUGGCAGCGGCGUUAGGAUGCCGUUCGUGCAGCUGGACAAACCGUGGCAGGAGAUGGAGGUGUCGAGCGUGAGUGAGGUUAAUGGCCAUCAGAUGGUGGAUGAACCCAUGUUAGCAGAUGAAACCUAUUCCCAUUGUGAGGAAGGAAGAUUCAAGGAGAUUGCAAUCACACACCAUGUGAAGGAAGGAUGUGAGAGAGCUGAUCCCACACAGUUUGAAUUGUUGAAGGUCCUUGGUCAGGGAUCUUUUGGAAAGGUCUUUUUGGUUAGAAAGAUGAUUGGUCCUGAUGCUGAACAACUGUACGCAAUGAAAGUGCUGAAGAAAGCCACUCUGAAAGUUCGGGACCGUGUCAGAACUAAAAUGGAACGGGAUAUUCUCGUGGAAGUAAAUCAUCCAUUUAUAGUUAAAUUACACUAUGCCUUUCAGACUGAAGGGAAACUUUAUCUGAUUUUAGAUUUCCUCAGAGGAGGAGAUGUAUUUACACGUUUGUCCAAAGAGGUCAUGUUUACUGAGGAAGAUGUCAAAUUCUACCUGGCAGAAUUGGCACUUGCUUUGGAUCACCUACACAGCUUGGGAAUAGUGUACCGAGAUCUAAAGCCUGAAAACAUUUUACUUGAUGAAGGAGGACAUAUCAAGUUAACUGAUUUUGGGCUAAGUAAAGAAUCAGUUGACCAAGAAAAGAAGGCAUACUCAUUUUGUGGUACGGUGGAGUAUAUGGCACCAGAAGUAGUGAACAGGAGAGGUCACACACAGAGUGCAGAUUGGUGGUCAUUUGGCGUGCUCAUGUUUGAGAUGCUGACAGGCACAUUACCAUUCCAAGGUAAAGAUCGAAAUGAAACUAUGAACAUGAUACUCAAAGCUAAAUUAGGAAUGCCUCAAUUUCUUAGUACGGAAGCUCAAGGUCUACUCAGAACAUUAUUCAAGCGCAACCCUGGGAACCGACUAGGCGCUGGCCCUGAUGGAGUUGAAGAGAUCAAAAGGCAUCCAUUCUUUGCCACCAUUGACUGGAAUAAAUUGGUCAGAAAGGAAAUCCAUCCUCCAUUUAAACCUGCUUCUGGUAAACCAGAAGACACUUUCUGCUUUGAUCCAGAAUUUACAGCUAAAACACCAAAAGAUUCACCGGGUAUUCCACCAAGUGCUAAUGCACACCAGUUGUUCAGAGGGUUUAGUUUUGUGGCAACCAAUUCAUUGGAAGUCAUGCAAAGUGCAUCCCUCACAGUCGUCCACCCUAUAGUACAGCUGCAUGGCAACAGUAUUCAGUUUAAUGAUGGAUAUGAGCUGAAAGAAGAUAUUGGGAUUGGCUCCUACUCAAUCUGCAAGCGCUGCAUACAUCGAGUUACCAACAUGGAGUUUGCUGUCAAGAUAAUUGAUAAGAGCAAACGAGAUCCUUCGGAGGAGAUUGAGAUCCUGAUGCGCUAUGGACAGCACCCAAACAUCAUUACUUUGAAAGAUGUAUAUGAUGACGGCCGAUAUGUGUACCUUGUCACCGAACUAUUGAAAGGAGGCGAGCUACUCGACAGACUCCUUCGACAGAAGUUCUUUUCAGAGCGAGAAGCCAGCGCUGUGCUGUUCACUAUAACAAAAACCGUGGAAUAUCUUCACUGCCAAGGGGUCGUGCACAGAGAUUUAAAACCAAGUAACAUUCUGUACAUGAAUGAAUCGGGGGACCCGGAAUCCAUUCGCAUCUGUGACUUUGGGUUUGCUAAACAGCUGCGCGGUGAGAAUGGCCUGCUAAUGACUCCGUGUUACACUGCCAACUUCGUGGCUCCUGAGGUCCUCAUGCGGGGCGGUUAUGAUGCUGCGUGUGAUAUCUGGAGCCUUGGAGUCCUCCUGUACACGAUGCUGGCUGGUUAUACUCCUUUUGCCAAUGGACCAAAUGAUACUGCGGAAGAAAUCUUGUUGCGAAUAGGAAGUGGGAAAUUCUCACUGACUGGAGGCAACUGGGAUACGGUUUCAGACGCUGCAAAGGAUUUGCUGUCCAAUAUGCUUCACGUCGAUCCCCAUCAAAGAUUCACAGCCGAGCAGGUGCUCAAACAUGCCUGGAUCGCUUGCCGGGAUCAGCUACCGCAUUUCCAAUUAAACCGCCAGGAUGCCCCUCAUCUAGUGAAGGGAGCCAUGGCUGCUACAUACUCCGCCCUCAACCACAAGACCCUACGUCCAGUGCUGGAACCGGUCGCAGCUUCCAGUUUAGCUCAGCGCAGAGUUAUGAAAAAACUUACCUCAACGGACUUGUGAAUGAUGUAGGAACCAUUAAUAUAUGGCUUUUUUUCAAAUGACUUGAAUGUCAGCGAGCUCCUGGAAGAUUCACAAAAGCCAGAGUUUCUGCUUUUCCUUUUGUUUUUUACAUUAAGGAUGGGGGAAAUAUUGGAGACCAAAGCAGGAGAUGGAAAAGACUGGGAUCAAACGACACCAGAAGAUGCAAUGAUCAGCUAAUACCGACGACUGAAGGAGUUGUGGAGUUUAAUUCUCAAUUGGCGCAGGUUUGCACCGUGCAGUUGAAUUUUAAUAAUGCAGUUUUGAAAAGGGCAUAAAAAUCUUAAUCAGGAUAACAACAAACAGCAGAUUAUGGAGGGUUACUGGUGGCACAAAUUCAGAGCUAUUUUGCAUUUGUGAUCUUGUUCUAAGAUAUUGUUUAAUUAAACUUUCUAUUUUAUUUAUUUACUUUCACUUUCAAGAAAUACAGUGCUUUCAGAUAAAGUUUUAUUUUGAGGUCAAUUUAUAUAUUGUCAUUAAAAUGUCAUAUUGCACAAACA